ACCGCCCAUCUGCUUAGAAAGAAAAAGGUACGCUGCUUCAGUCCGGUCCAUAUGUGUGUGUACAGAGGUGUUUUCUGCUUUCAGCGUAUUUGUGUUUAUUUUGUGGGGAUGCUAUUGAGGCGAGAAGUUGACAGUAAAUUGGUGUAACCAUAACUUGGUUGCUGCUUCCUGCUUCCUUGUGGCCUUUAACGUUCUGUGGCCAAGCCAAACAAAGCCCUGGACCAAUCAUAGAAAAGACACUUCAUCAUCAUCAUCAUAAUGGACACAGACUCUGUCCACUCUGGCCACUCUCAGCACUCUCGAGGGUCAAACAGACACAGUGAUCGCAGUAAAGACCGCCACAAACCACGCAGUCAUGAUGGCAGCAAUCGCUCCGACAAGAACGUCACCAUCAGCAGCCUGUCUGCGCAGACAGGAGCGACAGAGCAGACCCCGGCUAGCACAGAGCCUCAGGAUGAUAACUGGGCCGAGACCACCACAGCCGUGACCGGUACCUCAGACCACAGUCUCUCUCAGGAGGAGCUGGCCAGUUUUGGGAAGGAGACAGUGGGUAGCGUGCAUAAGCAGAGCUUUGUGCGUUUGCUGCCCCUGGCCCUGACACUGCUUCUUGGACUGGUGGUUCUUGUCACACCACUAGCCUUUGUGGUGCUGCCACAGCUGCUGUGGGCUGAUCGUGUGCAAUCUUGUGGCACAGCCUGUGAGGGCCUCUUCCUCUCGCUGGCCUUUAAACUACUGAUCUUAAUGCUGGCCGGCUGGGCUCUGUUCCUACGUCCGCCCCGGUCUACACUGCCUCGUCUGGCUGUUUACAGAGCACUUCUUGCUGUGCUCACACUGCUGCUCCUGCUCUCCUACUGGCUCUUCUAUGGAGUGCGCAUCCUUGACACACCGGAUGAGAAUUAUCAGGGGAUAGUGCAGUUUGCGGUGUCGCUGGUGGAUACUCUGCUGUUUACACACUACCUGGCCGUGGUACUGUUGGAGGUGCGGCAGCUGCAGCCAUGCUUCUGUCUGUGUGUCACACGCUCGACUGAUGGAGAGACACGACACUACAACCUUGGCCAGCUCAGUAUUCAGAGGGCAGCUCUGGUGGUCCUGGAGCACUACUAUAAGGAUUUCUCAGUACAUAAUGCUGCACUACUGACUGCUGCUAAAUCGCGAACAGCCAAGCACCUGGCUGCUCUGAAGGUCUACAAUGUGGAUGGUCCUGGCAGUGAUGGUGCAGCAAGUCAGUCUCGAGCCAAGAUGGCUGCUGCGGCCCGACAUAAAGACACCAGCCACAGCGAGCUUUACUAUGAGGAGGCCGACUACGAGAGAAGAGUCCGCAAACGCAGAGCACGGCUGGUGGUGGCAGUAGAGGAGGCAUUUACACAUGUGCGGCGGUUGCAGGAGGAGGAAAAAAAGAAGCCACCAGGAGAUGUGAUGGAGGCGCGUGAGGCUGCGCAGGCCAUUUUCCCCUCAAUGGCACGUGCACUUCAGAAGUACCUGCGUACAACACGUCAGCAGCACUGCCAUAGCAUGGACAGCAUCCAGAGCCACCUUGCUUUCUGUAUUACCAACAACAUGAGUCCCAAGGCAUUUCUGGAGAGCUACCUGACUCCUGGUCCCACUCUGCAGUACAACAGUGAGUGCUGGCGGGCUCCGCAGUGGACUCUGGUUAGCGAGGCAUCAGUCACCAGCCUGCUGCGUCAUGGCACCGAGUUCCAGCUCAAAAACAGCCACUUCUGCCUGGUGGUCAGCAGCAAGGCUAUCCCGCAGCUCAGAAUCAGCGAGGAAUAUGUCCAUCCCAAAUCACACAAGUUUGUGCUGCAAGUGCAGUCAGAGACCUCCGUCUGACCCACUGCUUUGUCUGUUGCUUUUAUACACAAUAAACUCAGAAACGGUGUUUCUUUUUUCAAUUUUUUAGAACUCACGUUUCUCAUAUUGGACAUAUUUUGAUAUGCAGCAGUGUUUCUUUUUGAAAUGAAAAAAAAGUAUUUAUGUACAAGACAGAUACUUGUAUUUGCAAGUGUGAGAGUGUUUUUUUGUGUGUAGGUAUGUGUGCUGUGCAGUGUUUAAAAACUAAAGGCUGCUGUUUAUUAAGGAAGCGAUCAAGCAGAA